ACGGUCAGAGCCGCCGUGAGAGCUGCCAGUGAGCGAGAGGCUGUCGGCGGAACAGGCGAGCGAGGCGCCUUGAUCGCGCUGUCAAACUGCUCCGUGCAGCGGGAGUCCGGACUGCGGAGCUGCGCACCUUUUCUUAGUGUCACCCGCGCGCUCGUUGAAUUUAUUUUCACUACUGUUAUUGUUUUAAAAUCAAGGCGCGCCUUUCAAAGCGGAUCUACUUUAAUUUAUCUUCCCGCAUCCCCGGCGGUGUUUUCGGUGGAUUUUAGUUAAUAAUAAUUGCCGUUUCAAAUCCACCCCCCCCCCUCCGCACAACCCCCAUCCAGCCGUGCCCAAUGACGAGGAAUGGAUAGCGGGACCUGCAGCGGCGGAACGAUGGUGGAGAGCGACGAGCAGCCGGGGCAGGCUGGGGACACGGCUGUUGUUGCCGCGCAAGGGCACCCCUGCAGGGGCAACUGCGGCGCCUCGGGCACGGCCGCGCUGCACCAGUGCGAGCUUCUCCAGAACAUGAUCGACAUCUCCAUCCUGAGCCUGCAGGGGCUCCGCACCAAGUGCGCCGCGUCCAACGAUCUCACCCAGCAGGAGAUCCGCACUCUGGAGGUGAAGCUCAUGCAGUACAUCUGCAAACAGCUGCAGUGUAAACGGAAGGUGCCGGCGAGCGAGAGACCGCAGGAUCUAGAGUACUACCCGCGGCUGGAGGACUGGCUGCGCAUCGUGAACCUGCGACCGGAGGUGAUCGAGGCUGUGCCCGGGAAGCUGUCGUUGGACACCUUGCUGCAGAUGUCUGGCUCCCAGGUACGCGAGACGAUGAGACGUCUUGGCUCGAACUCCGAGGAAUGUUCCCGGCUCACGACGGCGCUGUCCUGUCUGAGGAGUGCCACUGAAUCUGGAGGAGAGCUGAGGGAUGAUGGGGUUCCGUGGAUUUCGGAGCCGGUGCGACGAGACAGCGGUACCACGUUCCUUGCGGACCAGCUGUCCUGUCUGACGGGACCGCUACGGCCUCACAGCCCCUCCCCCCUGGCCCGCCCCCCAGGCAGCGCCUCCACGCCUUCCCCUCCCGGUAACACUGGCCUGCAGCUUCGCUCCGUGUCUGUGUCGACCGCUCCCUCUUCCGACGGACACGGAUUGCACAUCUACAGCGACAGCCUGGUGGACCCCUUCCCAUCAUCCCCGCGGACUGUUCGCGCCUACGGGUAUGCUGGCACUCCCCCUAUCACCCCGCCCUCCAGGAGGCGCCACCAGCUGAAGCCCCCGCGCACCCCACCAGCCCCCUCCCGCAAGCUUUUGAACCUCCUACCCAAUAUCACCCUCACCCGCAGCAGGAGCCACGAGUCACAGCUGGGCAACCGUAUCGAGGACCCACCUACCAACAAGUGUGCAAAGAAGAACAAGUUGCCGUUGAAGGUGCAGAUCAACGGUAGUGGCGGUGGGUGCGAGGACUCUCCCUUGCGCUCCCCCUUGCUGUCAGCCCGCACGCCCGGAGCCCUCCCCACCCCCGCCACAGCUCCUUAUACACUCCCAGGAACCCCCACCCUUCUAGAAGAGCGUGUCAUCAUCAAGAAUAACGUAGCAAUGCACAGGAGUUCACCGCAGACGAUGAGGAGAGACAUUGGUCUUCCCGUUACACACAGGUUUUCCACCAAGUCCUGGCUCUCUCAGACGUGUCAAGUCUGCCAGAAGAACAUGAUGUUUGGCGUGAAGUGCAAACACUGCAGGUUAAAGUGCCACAACAAAUGUACAAAAGAAGCCCCUUCCUGCAGAAUAUCAUUUCUACCAAUCCCAAAAAUCCGAAGAACAGAGUCGGUGCCGUCAGAUAUCAACAACCCUACAGACCGGCCGACGGAACCCCCGCAAUUUGGCACGUUACCGAAGGCAAUAACCAAAAAGGACCAUCCGCCAACACUCAACCAGCUGGAUUCGAGCAGCAACCCCUCUUCCACUACCUCCUCCACGCCCUCCUCACCCGCCCCCUUCCAGCAAAGCAACCCUCCAAGCGCCACACCGCCCCCCAACCCCUCACCCAAGGGCCCCCGUGACAAUCGCUUCCACUUCCCUGCUGCCUGUUACUUUCAGCAUAGACAACAGUUUAUCUUCCCUGAUGUUCCCAGCUUACAGCAGUCUACUGCUUUGCAUUGCGAAGGCCCGCUUGACUCUGGGUCAGCAGAGCAGCCGGCAGACAACUCCACAUCCCAGCUGGUGGGAGAAGAGGAAGCUGUGGAGGAGGAAGAGGCUGAGGAAGAUGAUGACAGAGCAGAGGACGACGCAGAGGGCGAGGGGCAGGAUAAAGGGAGUUCUGAUGGAGAGGCCGAUGGUGACGAGCUGGACGACCUGCCCAGCCCACGGGGCGACCGCUGGAAGGGCCCCAUCUCACGCAAGGCCAGCCAGACCAGUGUCUAUCUGCAGGAGUGGGACAUCCCCUUUGAGCAGCUGGACCUGGGUGAGCUCAUCGGCAAGGGCCGCUGGGGCAAGGUGCACCGGGGCCGCUGGCAUGGGGAGGUGGCCAUACGGCUGCUCGAGAUCGACGGCAACAACCAGGACCACUUGAAGCUCUUCAAGAAGGAAGUGAUGAAUUACCGGCAGACGCGGCACGAGAACGUGGUGCUCUUCAUGGGUGCCUGCAUGGCUCCGCCCCACCUGGCUAUCAUCACCAGUUUCUGUAAGGGACGGACUCUGUACUCGGUCGUGAGAGAUGCCAAAAACACGCUGGAUAUCAACAAAACCAGGCAGAUUGCUCAGGAAAUUGUGAAGGGAAUGGGCUACCUGCAUGCGAAAGGCAUUGUGCACAAGGACCUGAAGUCGAAGAACGUGUUUUAUGACAGUAACAAGGUGGUCAUCACCGACUUCGGCCUGUUUGGAAUCUCUGGAGUUGUCCAGGAAGGACGGCGUGAGAACGAGCUGAAGGUGCCCCACGGUUGGAUCUGCUACCUGGCGCCAGAGAUUGUGAGACAGAUGGGCCCAGGGAACAAUGAGGACCGCCUGCCGUUCUCCAACGCCGCCGACGUUUACGCCUUUGGUACCGUCUGGUACGAGCUGCAGGCCCGUGACUGGCCCUUCACCAGGCAGCCUGUGGAGGCCACCAUCUGGCAGGUGGGCAGCGGACAGGGAAUUAAAAAGGUCCUGGCGGAGAUCAGCAUGGGCAAAGAAGUCACGGAGAUCCUGUCCGCCUGCUGGUCCUACAAUCACCCCGAUCGGCCCACCUUCACCCAGCUUGCGGACAUGCUGGAGAAACUGCCCAAGCUCAACCGCAGACUCUCCCACCCUGGACACUUCUGGAAGUCUGCUGAGUAUGUAUCGUAGAGGGCGAGACUCUCGGGACCCUGCCCCAGUGGCCUCUUUGAGCCUUCACGACCCCUGACCUCUGGCUGACAUGCGUCUUUCACACACAAAAACACUCCUCUGGGAGCACGCCUGGGAUGGAGGGUCCUUUACCCUGAGCAGGGGUUCGUGUCGCAUCUGGAGCUCUCAUGUUGUGCGAUCAGGGGGCAGAGUGAACUCUUGAAAGUCUCCUGCCCCUUGAAACCGCUUCCCACAAUGGUGUCUGCACAGUGUGAACCUCUGUGGUUCUGCUGGACAGCUGGGACUCGGUUUCGCCUUUCAUACUGGUGCAGCAGCCUUGCUUUUGCAAGAAUGGUGUUGAAAUGAUUUUUAGGAAUGCUUCAUAUCUUAGAAAGUGAUGAUGAUUCAAAAGAGAAUGGUAGUAAAUGAGGAGCUGCAUUGUAAUCUACUGAGUAGGGAGCGAAACAGGUGAAAUUUCAGAUUUUUCAAGUUUUUUUUCCAUAUUAUAAAUAUAGAGGUUUGUGACAGUUGACUAUAGUUGAAGAUAGCUGUGAAUGUUUUUCUCUUUAAACUAUUUUUAUUUAAGUCUUUCCUGAACCACUGUUAGUCUGGCUGCUGUGACACAUUUGAAAAGUAUACUGACGUUGAGCCUUACACGAGCGUUCCCUUCUGACCUGCUCUCGGCGCACGCAUCUGCAGUCGGUCAGCAAGAGACUGAAGGUCGCAGUCUUAUGGAAACGAGAACGUGCAGCUCUGUCGCCUUCUGUGUCACUUCCUCGGUCCCAUUAGACUCGUUUUUUGUCCUGCAUACACUUAAUGAGUAUACAGAUUGGCUCUUCCAGAGCUGCUCACUCAAGCUCUAGUUUCUCUGAAGUCUCUUAACUCUCUCAUCCCUCUGCUAACACGAUAUAACCUCUGCUUCUCCUGUGUUUCCCCUCCCUCCCGUCUCUCUCUCUGUGUCUGUUCUGUCCUCUCGCCCCGAUCCAGGUUGUAGCUGGCUUGCAGAGCAAAGCGAAAUGUGCAGCUUGCGUCUGCCUUGUCCCCCUCCCCGCCUGAAAUCCUUAGCUCCCGGUUGAGCGCAGCAGCUCCGACCGAAAUUCGCACUGCUGCCGCUAGUCCACCGAGCGGCGAUGGUGGUGGCGAUGAUGGUGUCGGGGGGAGGCCGAAACACUGCUUUAAACCUACUUUUCCGAACUUGCCUUUUUUUUUUUUUUUGCAAAUUUUUGGAGCCCCUGUGGUUUCAUUCUGGUUUCUGCUGUAUAACUUCUGCUUGAAGCCCUUUAACUGGACUCAAACCCGAGGCCUGGGAUGAGGAUAAGGAUGGGGCUGAAGUCAUAUCUGCACGGCUGUGGCUGGGUCGCAGAACCUGUAAGUCCUUUACUAAGCUUCAGGCUCUAAAAAUACAACAUCCUGCUGCUCCAGGCCUACCUCUCCUUUCUGCCUUCACUGGACUGCGUUUCUCUUCUUCCCAGUACCAUAGCGUGAGCAGGACAAACUGGGAUGGCGGCUCGCUUGCUGUGCUGCACUGCACACACACAUCACAGGUUCCACCAGGUGACCACCCCCCAGUUACCUGCUCACAUCGCGACUCCACAUUAACCCUGCAUUACAGCACGGGGGGAAGCUGCGAAACUGCCUACUUUGGGUUCGCUGCAUCUUUGUCCGAACCUGCUUUCCACAGAAAGUCAUGGUACGAAGCCUGGCCCCUAGCUGGAAGGAAAUGAGCUCGAAGGCUACGGCCGGGCAGCGGGAUAUCCCUUCCACCCUAACACGAAGGGUUUGUGGUCUGCUCUGCCUGGCCGAGUCCCAGCAUCGGGCUUCAGGUCACCGGCGCUCAGGUAGCAAUGAUGAGAUAUUCUGACCGCUGCUUUUACGUGAUGGAGCCACAGAGCUGUGAGAGAAGACUGCCGGCCUGCUUCGCUCACGGUCUGCCGGGUGAGGUGCUUCAAUACCCAUGUUAUUUUCUUACUGCAUUAACAAAUUUGACACGAUGUGUCAAGCCUGCUCAUUUUUCAGAAGUUUGAACCCAGGGCAAACCACUGAGUGCUUGCAAUGUGAUUAAAAAGUCCACUCUUUAAAAAAAAAAAUAGAAAAAAAAAAAAUAAAAAGCUUUCCGUGCAACCAAUAACUGCAGCUUUUGUUGGCACGACAGUGUUUAUUUUUUUAAAGUUACCUCUUGUGUGCAUUUGUGUUCUGGUGUGUGUGCGUGCGCACACGUUUGUGUCCGCGCUUUGCUGCCCACAUGCGUGUAGCUGUGUUGAUGGGUGCGUGUGCAUGCGCACGUGAUUGUUAUUGUGUGGCUGAAUGUAUUUUAUUGAACUAGGGGAUUUUACUAUGAAAGACUGCAGAAAUAGAGAUGUUUUGGAGAAAUUAAAAAUAUCAGCCUAUAAAUAUAUAAAUAUUGUUUUAUUUAAUGUACAGCUUAACAUAAUUCUUUUAAUAUUUGUAGGAACAUUUUAUAUUUCGCUGUAACAUUUUUAAAUAGGUACAGCUCCACCAACA